CCUCAUUCUUCUUAUUAGACAGGCACAAUUACAGACACGUUAAUGGAAAAGGUGUUCAGAGAUAACCAGAAAUCUGCAAUGGAUGCUUUCGAGAAGCUCGAAAAGGUCGGAGAAGGAACAUACGGGAAAGUCUACAGAGCACGAGAGAGAGCCACAGGAAAGAUCGUAGCCCUCAAGAAGACUCGUCUCCAUGAAGACGAUGAAGGAGUCCCACCUACUACUUUGCGCGAGGUUUCCCUGUUGAGAAUGCUUUCCAGGGAUCCCCAUGUUGUCAGAUUGUUGGAUGUAAAGCAAGGGCAGAACAAGGACGGGAAGACAAUUCUCUACCUGGUUUUUGAGUACAUGGACACUGAUCUUAAGAAGUUCAUCCGUAGCUUUCGGCAAACAGGAGAAACCGUCCCCUCUGACAAUGUCAAGAGUCUGAUGUACCAACUCUGCAAGGGUGUUGCCUUCUGCCAUGGUCAUGGAGUAUUACACAGGGAUCUGAAGCCGCAUAAUCUGCUAAUGGAUCGUAAGACAAUGAUGCUUAAAAUAGCAGACCUUGGACUGGCUCGAGCAGUCACUGUUCCACUCAAGAAGUAUACACAUGAGAUACUGACCCUGUGGUAUAGAGCUCCCGAGGUGCUUCUUGGAGCCACACAUUACUCAACCCCAGUAGAUAUGUGGUCUGUUGGAUGUAUCUUUGCUGAACUGGUCACAAACCAAGCAUUGUUUCCUGGAGAUUCUGAAUUGCAACAGCUCCUCCAUAUUUUCAGGUUAUUGGGUACUCCAAAUGAAGAAGUAUGGCCAGGUGUAAGCAAAUUAAUGAACUGGCAUGAGUAUCCCCAAUGGAUCCCAAAAAAUCUGGCAUCAGUUGUUUCUAAUCUGGAUGCCAAUGGGCUAGAUCUUCUCUCGAAUAUGUUGCAGUAUGAACCUUCAAAGCGAAUCUCUGCAAAGAAAGCAAUGGAGCAUCCAUACUUUAAUGAUCUUGAUAAAACAUAUCUCUAGGAGAAAGCAAUGGAGCACAUGCCCAUUUGAAAGAUUGUUCCAAUGGUUCUUCAAACUUCAGACUCAAGCACAAAGAUUGCUCCAAUGCUUUGUAAAGUUGUUGAUUGUUAUCAACCUCGUUGGAAUGACAAACUCAUUUUCGAUUCC